CCGAGGGCGGGAGGCGGCGGUGGCGGCCCCGAUGCGGGCAGGGCGCUGCUCGGUGUCGUCGGGACGGCGGCGCGUUGCUCCUCGUGCCUCGCGUGCGCUCGGGCCGCAGCCGCCGGGCGCUCCGUCUGCUGCCGUCCGUUCGCUGGAGGUGCGCGCGGAGCUGCGUGCCGGCGCGAGCUUUGCUCAGCCUUCUGGGAGCUGCGCGGAGCAGAGCCGCAUCGCGCGGGCACCGCGGUGAUGGAGGAAUUAAGCCUGAAAUCCCCGAACCUGUGCUGAGUUACUGAGGACUGACGCCGGAGGCCUCACACUUUUACUUCUCACGUACCACGUUCAGCAUGCUGCUGUUCUGUCACUCGCUGCUUGGAGCCUUUCUUCCACUCUUCCUCCUUUCAGGGAAUUGGGUUUCAGCAAGGAACAUCAACUUUUACAAUGUGAGACCUCCACUGGACCCCACUCCAUUUCCAAACAGUUUUAAGUGCUUUACCUGUGAUAAUGCAGUGGACAAUUACAACUGUAACAGAUGGGCUGAAGAUCGGUGGUGUCCUGAAAGUACACAGUACUGCCUGACAGUUCAUCUCUUCACAGACCAUGGGAAGAGCACAUCGGUCACCAAAAAAUGUGCUACUGGGGAUGAGUGCCAUUUUGUAGGCUGCCAUCAUCACAGGGAAAGCGGUCACACAGAAUGUGUUUCUUGCUGUGAAGGCAUGAUUUGCAACGUGGAGAUCCCAACCAAUCACACAAACGCAGUGUUUGCCGUGCUGCACGCGCGGAGGACGUCGGACGGCAGCCGGCGGACGGUCAGCACUGCAGUGCUCAUGGCAGUCGUGGCAGUCGCACUGUCGUGAUGCAGCAUCCUCCCAUUGCACCACUUGCCUUUGUGGGCCCUUGGAAAUUGUAAGGAGCUCAGCACGCUCAAGGAGAAACCACCAAGACUUCUCGAUUACAUAAAAUGUGAGAGGACGGUGGGAAGAUGCAUCAUGCAGUCCUUGGGUUCUAAUGAAGAUAUUUCAAAUGGUCCGCAGUAUUUAAAGAAGAAGAACAAAACAUGCACACAGAAAAAGCACAACAGGAAACCCAAUGGUGGCUGGGCAGUGAGGCAGAAUCAAGUUGUUACGACUCCCUCUUGUAUGAUGAAAAUGCACGUGUGGUUUGUGUGUUUUUGAACAAAGAAAAGGGGAUUCUGUAGGCAAUCAGGUGAGAUAAAGGGAAGCUCUCAGUGGACCAUGUGCCAAUUUGUGUUUUAAUAGAAAGUGUUUUAAGCUGUUUAUCACUAUGCAUGAAUAACACGAGCUGUAAGCUGUAUGUAAGCUUAUCGUUAGUUAUGGUUUUUCAUAGUUAUGGUUUUCAUAUGAAAGGAGUUUUUCUGUUCUGAUCAGAGCUAUAAUUUCUAUGAGAAAUAAAAUAAUACUUUAUGCCUCUCUUUCCUAUAAGAUGUCUUGCACUGGAAUUAUAAAGCAAUAUGAAAUUAGGUAGAGUUUCUAUCUGAAAAGGAUGAGCUGGUUGAGCACCUAACUCAGAGUUCAUUACUGUCCUCAGUGGCAGUAUUUUCUUACAGUAAGGUCCCACCUCAAGUGCUCACCUCAGCUUCUGAGUCCUUCUCUUUGUUAUAUUGGCAUGGCAGUAACGCCACAGAUUUCAAAUUGUGGCUGCAGUUGAGCAGUUACUUUACCAUAAAAAUGGCAAGCGAGCCUUUGUAUAAAUAAGGAGAGAACUCUACCAUGUGUUCUCUUUGGUCUACAGAAGAUUUUCCCACAAAUGCUACUCUCCUUGAUGGAUCAGAAGUCAGCAACUGGAUAUCCCAUGCCUCUGGACAUAGCUUUAUCUAGCACUUGAAAAGUUUGGGCCAUACUCUGUUCCUUUUUUUACAGUAUUACAGUGAUUAAUGUCGUUUAUAUGCCCAGCUUUGACUAUUUGAAUCCCUGUCAUACAGAUGACAGUUCAUCAAUUAGAUGAAGAGCUGCAAACAUCUCAGUAAAGUGAGAUGUACUGGAACCUUUGUUUCCUUCUGUGAAGCCUGAUGCAGACCAUCACUCCCAGGCUGCUCCAGUGAGCUCCCACCCCUUCCAGCUGCACAGACUGUCCUGAGUAUGGUCCACAAUAAGUCAGAUGUACAGAUACUUCAUUAAUGCUCUAGCUUAUUUAUGUUCUUUGCACUGCAAACUCACUGAUGGUACAGGCCAGCAGGUACUGAUUUCGGACUGUUAUCAGGAUAGUUUUAUAUGAUCAUGAAUCUAACAUUUCAGCUGUUCCUCUUUGCCAAAUUGAAUUUCUUCGAACUCUCCCUUCUCCAGCAACCCAAUAUUUCAGCUCAGCUAAGGAUUUCAGUGGAACAGGUUGCCCAAGGAGGCUGUGGAUGCCCCAUCCCUGCAGGCAUUCAAGGCCAGGCUGGAUGUGGCUCUGGGCAGCCUGGUCUGCUGGUUGGUGACCUGCACACAGCAGGGGGUUGGAACUGGGUGAGCACUGUGGGCCUUUGCAACCCAGGCCAUUCUAUGAUUCAUGAUUUGACCCUGCAAGGUUGGAGAAUUGCAUUUCUUUUCUUUCUGUAAAUAAAAUUGUGAUUCACUUAUGAGUGUGUCUCUGUGAUUGUUCUGUGAUCUUUUCCAGUGGCUCAGCCAAAAUGAGAGGGGUUGAAAAUGACAAUAAAUUGUUGCAGUGUCUUUCAGAGAUGAGGUUUCUGAAAAGCUUUACUUUGCCAAGAGAUUCAGAAGUGAUCUCUAAAAUGUUAAAAUAACCCUAGAAAUUGGGGAUUUUAAACAUUGACAUUGUCUCAAGUCACUGGGCCAUCCAACAUGCCAAGCUGCCAGGGAUGAUUUUGGACACGUUUCCUUUGUUCAAAGCUCAUCCCUGGGUAAUGACACACCUACAGCACUAAUCUUGGGCUCAGACAUAGCUACAGUCAUAGUUAGAAUUGAUGUUUAGUGAUGAAAACCAACAUGCUUUUUCCUACAUGACCCACAGGGUUCAUGAACUUUUCUCCCAUGGAAAAAUCAUCCCAGAUUUGCUCUGUGCUCCUGAGGGAGUUCCUCAGUCGAGCAUGAUGGUUGGGACCAUGGAUCUCUCUGUGGUGUUUUCUUUGAGCACCAGGUACUUCCAUAACUUUGCUUCUGUGAACAAUUAUGGCAAUCAUCAUGAGGAAUUAAAGUGGCUCAGUAGCCUUAUAUGAGUUUACUGUAAAUACUUGCUCUGCAAAUGCCAUUUUGGAGCAUUCAGGAGUGCCAGGAAGCCCCUGGAAAGCAGCCCAGAGGGGGGCUCUGGCACAGAGAAAUGACUUUCAGGUUCUCUGCAGCUGCCAAAAGGGGAUGUGUGUGCAUCUCUGCUCAUCUUUUUCUUGGUUGAACUGAUUUUUUUUAUUCUCUUUGUCACAUUGAAAAUAUAAGAAUUCUGCACAUCAUGUAUGCA